GGGGAAAUUAUACAUUUACACUUUGUUGAGUACCCCUUUUCAAAUUUACACUCAGGAGGAGGACAUUUUCACAAAUACCUAAUUGUUUAGUAGCCGAAAGACAAUAAUAACCCUCGCAAUUUUAACCUUUUCUCUCGAAUCUCUCUAGCUCGCCAUCGAAGGCGACGAGAUUACAGAGCUACGACGGCGAUUCUAGCAACGGCGACGACAAAAGGUCUUCUCUCUCACUAGUCACGCCGUCUCUCUGGAAAGAGCAUCCGGUGACGACGAAUAACAAUCAGACUAUACGAUUCAAAAUUUCAUCUCAAAAAAUGUCGUCUACUCCUCACGAUUCUCCUCUACACGAUUCUCCUAUACACGAUUCUCCUCUUCACGAUUCUCCUAUUCAUGAUUCUUAUCUUCACGAUUCUCUACAAUUGGAUAGCAACGAGUUUUGCACAACCUUGAAAUUGCCUGGGAGGGUUUAUGAAGCUGUAGAAACACCAGAUAAUCCCAAAGCGAUAAUCCAUCACUCAAAGAUUGAUUAUAUCGAGAAGGUGGAAGAUAUAUUAGGAAAAGAAGAGUUUUCUUUCAUAGAGAACUCUCACAUUGGGAGCAUUUUGAAGUUGGUUAAAAGGAAUAGGGUUCAAUUUUCAGAAGAGUUGUUCCAUUUUCUAAUGCAGCGAAGAGUAUUGACGCAAGGAGAGGAUCUCUGGUUUACUUUCUCGGACCAGCCUAUGAGGUUUUCACUAAGGGAAUUUCAUCUGACAACAGGCUUACGUUGUGAGGAAGAUCAGACAAUAACAGAGCCGCUGUUCAAAAUAAUGAAGAAGCCAUACAUUUGGAUGCUGGGCAAGAUUGAUAAGUUUACGGUGAGAACGUUAUAUGAAAUGUUUAAAAAGAAAGCACGAAGCAUGCCAACACUAGAAAGAUUAUCCCUUGGAACAGCAAUACUCACAGAAGCGGUAAUUAUGGCAGAAAAUCCGAGUUCUAAAAUCCCGAGAGACAGGUUGCAGCGUUAUAUGAACUAUCGCUCACACAAGAUUGCUUGGGGUAAAACUGCUUAUAGAAUCUUGAUGAGAAGUGUAAAAAGUUUGAGUGCAAGUUCCUGGACAGGAGAUAGUUAUGAAGUGAGUGGUUUUGCGCUAGCCAUAAAUCUGUGGGCAAUGUCAUCAGUGAAUGUGCUUGGUAAAUCUUUGGGAAAGCCAUGCGAGACAUCCUCUUCUUCUGAUCCGUUGUGUCUACAUUGGGACUCAACAAGAACUCCGACAAUAGCUGAAGUGUUAGAGCUGGAGAAGAUAAACAAUGUUGAGGUUAGCACAGUGAUUGGAUUGGCUGAGGAAUACAAACAUUUGGUGGGGGCAACACAUAGUGACGAUGCUGACUUUCACAGUGUUGUGAAACUAGUUCAACAAGGAUACAAAAUGAGGAGAAGCGAUUGGGAGAAAGGUUUUGUGGAUAUGUUUGUUGCAACAGAAGAUAUAGGUCAACAACGCAAGACAAAAGACGAAGAUGCAGAGCAUGGUGAAGAUCUGAACCAUAAUGAAGAUGAAGAGGAAAAGAAAGAUGAAGAGGAAAAGACAGAUGAAGAGGAAAAUAAAGAUGAAGAGUAUCAAAAGGAUAAGGAGCAAAGAAAAGAUAAAAAUCAUUCCAUGUCUAACAGCGAGAAACUUGAUAAGCUAAUCCAAAUGGUUCGUGAUUUGGAUAAGCGAGUAGUAAUGAUCCAGAAUGUUUUAGGAGUUAAGUUUAACGACAGUUCACCAAACAAAGAAGAUUGUGAAAAUGGAGCUAGUUCUGGUGAUAGAAGAAGUGCACAAGAUUAUGAAAAUGAAGAAGAUACAAUUAAUGAAGAAGCAAACUCUGAUGAUAAAAAAAAUGCACCAGAUGAUGAAAAUGAAGAAGAUACAAUUGCUGAAGCAGCAAACUCUGAAGAUACAAUUGCUGAAGAAGCAAACUCUGGCGAUGGAAGAAGUGCACUGGAUGAUGAAAAUGAAAAAGAGAUAUGUGAUGAAGAAGCAAAAUCUGGUACAGAGCAUCAAAGGGAAGAAGAGAAUAUUCUUGGGGAAAUUGAGACUACACAAAAAAUCACUCAAGACGAAGACACAGAAAAACUUGAAUCAGAAAGUUGCUUGAAACAAACGUCGCAGGUUACGUCGCCUACUCCAACAUUCAAUACUCCAAACUUUGAUACAAGGGUUUCAUCGCCUAAUCCAACAUUUACGUCUCCUAAGUUUGAUCUCCUUUCCCAAGAAAGUCAUAGUGGAAAGGGUACAAAUGAGGUUCUUAUGAGAGAUGUUUAUGAGAUUCCUGUUUUCCAACCUCUAAUGAAAAUAAAAAAGAGAUUGGUACAACAACACAGCCAGGUAAACGAAGAUGUUGAGCCUCCACUUCAAAAGAAGUUUAAAGCUGAUACAGAUAAUGUUCCGCUAAGAAGAAGUGAAAGAGGUCAAAUACCAUCCAUUCAUACACAACCACCGUUUACAGGAGCAAGGAAGAAACAUCCGAUUCUUCAUCCCUUUGAGCCAGUUGAUAAAACAAGAAAAGAAAAAAUGAGAGAAUGGAAAAUGUCAAACAAAAGAAAGAAGCUGAGAAUCAAUCAAGAGAUAGUAAACGCAAAGUGGUUUUCGGAUAUUGAAACUCCGGGAAAAAAACUUUCAAAAACGCAUAUUGAAGCAGGUUUUGAGUUGCUGAAACUGAGACAGAUAAACAAUCCAGAUUUGUUUCUGAACAAAACUGCCUUAGUUGUUGGAGUGAAGUUUCUUGAAGAAAUAGAUGAGUUUUAUGAUGAGUUUUUAGAUGACAAGAAAGGUUUCCAAUUUGGAGCAGGCUUUGACAAGUACAACAUAGAGAAGAAUAUCAACUUCCUCUAUUCGGCCAUUGCAGUAGCAGAGAAGUAUUGGCUUGGAGUUGUAAUCAACUUGGAGAAGAGAAAUAUCACAGCAUUCAAUUGUGCAGCAAUGAAGUUCACAGAUGCGAGUUUGGUCCCUUACGUUAAUGCAUAUGCGAUGGCUCUCCCAUUCAUGAUUCGCUACUUCUUCAAAGAUGUCAGCAUGGAUACAAGCAAGUUCUCGAUAAAAAUUGUAUCUGAAGGUUCUUAAAAUAGAAGACAGUGGAGUUUAUGCAUUGAAGCUGAUAGAGUGCCAUGCAAUGCGUAUAGUGGAUUUGACAAAGCUGAGUGAAGAAAAAAUUGCAAUCAUCCGAGAAAAGUUGGCGGUUGAUAUCUUCUCGGAAUUACAAUGAAUACUAAUGUGGGAAUGAACAAAAACUUUAUAGCUUGCUUAUAGUUAUGUGUGAACAACUAUCUGUUUUAUGCGUGUUUGGUAAACUUUGUUUGUAGAAUUCUGAGUAUUAUGAGUUUAUGACUUGGAUUUAUGGUUUUCCUU